AUGGUUGGCGCCUUCCAUGGCCAUGCGCACAAUCGAAGGUGUCAGCUUGACUGGCACCCAAUGUAUAUCUCUGGAACUGGCCAUACUGAGGGCGAGGGUUGUGAGCAUAUCUUCUCUGCAUCUAACGAGCUUGCGCGUAGCACAAGGCAUGCUAACCGUUUUCAUCGCCACCAAGCCAUCGAGGAACAUUUCGCUUUUUGGGAUGCCGAUAAGUAUGCUGCACUUAGUAAUUAUUUGUGGACUCAUUAUCGCGAAGCGUUGAAAUCUGUUCGGUUGCUGACAGCCGAGCUAGAAACUAUCAAGGCCGAGCUACGCCUUAGCGACAACGACUUCCCUGGAUUCUUUGAUCAGGAACGCAUAUAUCUGGAUGGUCUGAAGCAGCCAGCUCCACGAGAUCGACUCUCUAUACGUUACGUUGAAGUACUAGACGAACUCGCUGAAAGAAGAGCUGAAUGGGAUCUCGCCCGUGAAUCUGGCAAUAACGCUCUUAAUGGAGUACAUAUUGGCAGCUUGGAACAGAUGCAUGACGCCCUGAAGCAAGCUCGCAUCCGAGUUAAUUCUUCAUACGCCAAAUUACAGCAUGCCGAGGGGCUUGUUGCUCAUUGUGAAACACUCUUAUCUGUCGAUGAGAGAUGGUUGAUUGGUGGUGACGAAUACAAACAUUUCAAGGAGGAAGCGACACUCGGCAAGUAUCGUACUGCAUUGGAUGAACUCGAACGUUUGGUCGUCAUGAGAUUGUUUGAACUCUCA